AAAAAUUAGGCAGUUUUCCUCAGCUUUGGGUGGUGGCCACUGCCGCGCUUCGGCUUCCAGUCCGCGGAGGGCGAGGCGGCGUGGACAGCGGCCUCGGCAUCCCGCGCGCCCCGCCGCCUGCAGCUGCGCCCCCGCUCGCCGCGCCCCGAGCUCGCCGCCUCCCGUUCCAGCGCCCGGCGCCGCCGCCGCCGCGGCCCAGCGAGCGGCCCAGAUGCAGGCCAUCAAGUGUGUGGUGGUCGGAGACGGAGCUGUAGGUAAAACUUGUCUACUGAUCAGUUAUACAACCAAUGCAUUUCCUGGAGAGUAUAUUCCUACUGUCUUUGACAAUUAUUCUGCCAAUGUUAUGGUAGAUGGAAAACCGGUGAAUCUGGGCUUAUGGGAUACAGCUGGACAAGAAGAUUAUGACAGAUUACGCCCCCUAUCCUAUCCGCAAACAGAUGUAUUCCUAAUUUGUUUUUCCCUUGUGAGUCCUGCAUCAUUUGAAAAUGUCUGUGCAAAGUGGUAUCCCGAAGUGCGGCACCAUUGUCCCAACACUCCCAUCAUCCUGGUGGGAACUAAACUUGAUCUUAGGGAUGAUAAAGACACGAUUGAGAAACUAAAGGAGAAGAAGCUGACCCCCAUCACCUAUCCACAGGGUUUAGCCAUGGCUAAGGAGAUUGGUGCUGUAAAAUACCUGGAGUGCUCUGCUCUCACACAGCGAGGCCUCAAGACAGUGUUUGCCGAAGCUAUCAGAGCAGUUCUCUGCCCACCUCCCGUGAAGAAGAGGAAGAGAAAAUGCCUGUUGUUGUAAAUGUCCGAGCCCCUUGUUCUUGAUCAUGUCCCUUGGAACCUUUGUACGCUUUGCUCAAAAAACAGUGGAGCCUUCGCACUCAAUGCCAAGUUUUUGUUACAGAUUAAUUUUUCCAUAAAACCAUUUUGAACCAA